AAUUCAUUUUGGCCCAAAACCACUUUCCCACCAUCUACUCCGAGUCAUCUCUCUCUCUCUCUCUCUCUGUCUCUCUCUCUGUCUCUCUGUGCUAUUUCACCUCAUCAACCAUUUCAAACCCAAACCCUGGAUCAGAUCUGAGCUUGAUCCGAUCCCACCAUGUCCUGCCUAGCGCUCUCUCUCCAACCCGCCAAUGGAUCCGAUAUCCUGCUCCAAACCCGAGAAUGGUUCCCGCCGGCCCGAGCUCUCGUCGCCGUCUCCUCCUUCCGCCAAACCCGCCUAGCCUUCGCCGUCGCCAAACAACAACAACUCCACACCCCCAAAGACCAGCAACACAACAACUCGGAAUCUUCCUCCUCCGACGCCACCGCCGACUCCAUCGCAUCCCUCGGUGACGACCCACUCGCCGCCUCCAGCGGCCAGCUCAUAGUCGGCGUCGAAUCUCGGUACCGAGUCGUCUACCGCCUCGUCAACUCCAUCUACGUCCUCGGCGUCACCACCGCCGAUCAUGACAACUCGAUCAACGUCUUCGAGUGCAUCCACAUCGUCAACCAAGCCGUCAGCGUCAUCGUCACCGCUUGCCGUGGUGUCGAUGUUACUCCGGAGAAGCUGGGUCGAAAGUAUGCCGAGAUCUACAUGGCUCUCGACAUUGUUCUGAGAGGUGUCAGUAAUAUUCGAUUGGCGGCGAUGCUUUCGUCGAUGCACGGCGACGGCAUUGCGAAGAUGGUGCACUCGGCCUUGGAUACUGAGAACAAGAUUCGUGGGGCGGAGAAUUGGAGAGCUGUUGAGGCGCAUUCCGUCGAACACGAGGUGGGCAUUGAGGCGUUCAACAAUUUGGGGUUUGAAUUGCCGCCGGAGACAAUAGCUGCUGGAGAUGAGGUGGCGGCGAGCUUGGCGCCGGUGGUGCAGAGUGAGGAGAAGGAUCUGAAGUUAGAGAAUGAGGAAGAGACUCAAGUAGAGAAAGACCCAUUUGCUGCGAGUGAAAAGAUUAAUCAGCCUGAAGAGUUGGUGAGUGGGUUCAAGAAGAAUAAGGAUCCUUCGGCCACGGACUUAACACUGGCGUUGGCGACACUGGAAGUGACGACAUUGCCCCCGGCAGAGGCGACCCAGUCUACUCAUAUUGCUGUUGAAGGGUUUGAAGGGGAGUAUGGUGGGAUUGAAUUUGGGCUUGACCAGGCUUCUUUGGGUGAGACUUUUGAAGGGUUUAGUGAUGCUUGGGGUGGUGGGCUGGAUGCUUCCGAGUUUGUUGGAACAAAGAAGGUUGCGAAGAAGGAAGGGCUUGGCGGGCUUGAGUUGUUGCAGACCGGGCCAGAUGCUCCGAAAACUGCUGAUGCGGCUGCAGGUGGUGCGGCAGCAGGCAGUCCUCUUGAUACCCUUGUGAAAAGUGAAAUGAAGGGUCCUGAGAUGCACAUUGUGGAAGAGAUCAGUGCUGAGUUUAGAGAGUCAUUGCUUGCUAGAGUAGGAUUAAUGGGUGUUGUUUAUUUGAAAACUUUGCCAACCAAGACUAGUGGUGAUAAAGAAACCGAGUUUUCAUUCCGGGUUGAGGGAACCAGUGCGGUUAAGAGGUUUAUUAUGCAGAAUUCUCGAGUUAGUAGUCUAGGCAAUGGGAUGUUUCAUGUAAGGACCGCAGCCUCAGAUGAGCCUUUACCCGUCUUGAAGUAUAGUCUGCUGCCUAGGUUGACACCAUUGCCCUUGAGGGUUCGCCUUGUGCAACGCCAUACAGGGAGCUUACUUUCUGUGAUGAUACAAUAUGUGUCAAAUCCUGAUCUGCCAGCGCCUUUGACUGAUGUGACAUUUGUUUUGAAACUCCCCCUUGAUCCUACAUUGUUGAAGGUGUCCCCGAAAGCUGUAUUAAGUAGGUCUGAGAAAGAACUGAAAUGGCAUGUCCCUGAGAUUCCGUUGAAUGGAUCUCCGGGUAGGUUGAGAGCAAGGAUGCCUGUGGAUUCUAAUGAAGGAGAUGGCAGUGAGGACAUUGAAGUUAUUGCUCAUGUGAAAUUUUCUUGGCAAGGAAACAGAUCAUUGUCCGGAGUUUGUUUGCGACCUGCUUCCGAGGGUAAUACAGAUUUUUAUGAGGUUAAUCACAGGUAUGAGAGUGGGGUAUAUAUGUGCAAUUGACGCAUGAUGAAAUCACUGUUGCAUUGUAGAGGGUUGUGCCUCUUUUUUCUCUGUUUAUUUUGAGAGAUUUAUGUUGAUUGUAUGUUGUUGUAGCAUUCUUUGAUAAUGAGCUUGUAGCUUAGAUUAUCAGUCAUGUGAAAGCUUUGUGUUUUUGUGUAUUGGCUUUUCAUUCGUGUGAAUGGAUAUACAAGUUUCUCUUUACAUGCUUUCUUC